GCUUUGCAGACGCGCGCGCCAGAGUAAGCAGGCGCUUUCGAGAAGCACUCCUUGGCGAGAGGGGGCGCAUUGCCGACCAACGAGUGGGGCUCGAGAGGCAAGCCUCGGACAUGCUUACUCAUAAGAACGUCCCAUUGAGGUCAGUGGGCCUUACUCGAGCAGUGUAUGGGAUUGUAGCCUUGAACAGGAAAAACGGGAUCAGCCUGCCUCUGGAAUAAGGCUGGGUAGUCCGAAAUGGUGGCUGUCUUCAUAUCUAUAGCAAUGUCUGGCAUCAUAAAAGAAAAUAUUCAGCUUCAAAUGGAAGAAUUAGAAAUGCUUUUUUCUAUGUUUCCUAAUAAAGGAGAAAUAACUCUUCAAGAUGAAAAUACUUUGCCAAAUGUUCAGAAGUACUUGAACAAUGCAAGUGAAAAUAUUCCACAUCCAAUUGAAUAUUCAGUGGUUGUUACUAUCGAUGAACCAAAGGUACAAAUAAAUUUGCAGGUCACUUUGCCACAGGACUACCCUCAAAUGCCACCACAGCUUUUUGCGAGAUCUGAUGCUUUAGACAGGAAGCAGCAAUUGCAGCUCAACAAGGAUAUCACUUCUUAUAUAACAUCUUUGGAGACUGGAGAACUUUGUAUAUUUGCAGCUGUACAGUGGUUAAGAGACAACAGCACUCCAUAUUUGAAAAAUAGCAAAGUCCACUGUGAAAGAGAGCCAAACAAAAAAGUAGUUAAAACUUUAUUUACCCGGAUGUGGAUUUACAGUCACCACAUAUAUAGACAAGAACUAAGGAAAAAGAUUUUUGAUUGUGCAAAGAAAUUAAAUCUAACUGGUUUCUGCCUAACUGGGAAGCCGGGGAUCAUUUGUGUGGAAGGUAUCAAAGAAAACUGUGAGGAGUUUUGGCAUGUUGUUAGAUACCCUAACUGGAAACACAUUUCCUGCAAGCAUGUUGAAAGUGUUGAGACUGAGGGAAAUGGAGAUAAUCUACAUCUUUUUCAUACUUUUGAAGAUUUACAGUUUCAAGCCCAUGGUGAUUAUGGACUGAGGAAUGACUAUCACAUGGACCUUGGUCAGUUCCUAGAAUUCCUUAAGGCACAUCAAAGUGAACAUAUAUUUCAGAUCUUGUUUGGUAUUGAAGGUAAAUGUUCUGACAAUUAACAAAUAAAUUAUGUUUUCUUGUCGGCUAAUAGAAAUGAAACAAUCUAUCCCCAUAAUGCUGAGGUAUGCUAUGGAUAUAGUGACUUUAAAAAGAAUGCUUAGAAUCUUUGAAUAGUAGAAUGGUUGUAUACUAAAGUUUAUAUAGCAUUAUAUAUUGAAGCUGGAGCAAAAGUGCUAAAAUUGUGUCUGAUUGGAAACGGAUUCUCAUGGGGUCAAACCAAUGGUGUGCCUAAAUUAAAUCCUGGCAGGCAGCUCGCUUAAGCCAAACGGUCUUAAGUGUGUCAUUCCCAGCAGCACUAACUAAAAAUGUCAGGAGUACAAGCUGUAGUUUCACAGUUACACACUCUAUGAAAGGUUUGUUUGCCCCAAACAAGGCUAUUUUUAAAAAGGUGCACGAGGAUUUCUUGUGGUUAUGCUGAAAUGCUGUUGUCAGAACAGAAGGGCAGAAUCUUUGCACUAUGUAGCUCCCAAACCACUUAAGGGGAGGGAAAUCAACAUCUAGGAAUCUGAGUAGAGCCCACGUGAUAUUUCUUAAUACCCAGCCUCUGUAUUUGGGCACUGCCAAUGGCAUUGUUUCAGGCCAACCCAGCACACAGUUGUUUGGCCAAGCAUUAUGAGCAAUAUCCUUAAACAUAACAGAAAACAUUGCAGCGUUUUUGCCUAUUAAAGUGGGUGAAAAUGGUCUACAGUUGUCACUGCAUCAUCAUACUCCAGGUACUGCAUUAAUUCCAGAGUAAUUCCUCCUGGGGAAGCUGCCAUGGUGUCAGUGUUCAUUGCUCUCCAUUUGAAGGGCCAGCCAUUAUUAACAUAUUCCUAUUUAGAUUCAGUUUCAGGUGGUUUACUUGAGUCUUGGACCUUUGGAUGAUUACUGGAACACAUGGAUCCAAUUUGAAAGAAAGGAAGAGAGAGGGCUCUAUCAGUAGUAAGGCUAUGUGAACUUAUUCCAGUAGAAACAAUAAUUAACUUGCCAUGUUAUGAAUUUGUUGGUCCAGUCUUGCAUAAAAGAACAACAGUAAAAAUCUUUUAUAUAAGAAUUGUUGCACAUGUGAGUCAGUAUGUUUGAAAAUUUAUAUGGUGCGUGUGUUACAUUCCCCUCCCAAAUUUGCCAAUUUCAUGUGCGCUAACACCUGCUUUUGCAGUCGGACAGAGCCAGUAGUUAUUGCUGCUGUGUAAGCACCAGCUGCAGAAGGGGCAUCACCAUCUAGCCAAUCCCAGCCAUCCUUGUCUAUCAUCCCCUCUGGGCUGCACUGCUCUCUUGGUGACCACCACCUCCUCCUGGGUUUCCCUUUUCCAAGCUUCUCCCUUGCAGUACCAUCCAUCAACACGGAUGUGUAAAGUUUACUUCCCAAACAAGAAACAAAAUCUGUCUAAUAGUAGAGAAAAAUAACCUUGGUUAAUUUCAUAGAUAUAGGAAAGAAAUUGAGAAAGAAGUGUUGAACAAGGGAUGGAUUCUAACCUAAGUGGCUGUGUAUUCAAAUGUGAUUAGUAUAUUGAUUGAUCAAAUUAUUGGUUUGGGAAAUGGUGAUUAAAUAGUUAAAUAACAUUCCCCAAGAAUGAGCAAUACAGACAGAAGCAGCAAAGGGGCUUCUCCAGCCAUCCUUGAAAGAGAUCAGGAGGGUGACUACCUGGAGGAGGGUCUUCUCGGCAGUGGCACCCCGACUGUGGAACACUCUCCCCAGUGAAGUUCACCUGGCACCAACGCUUCUUUGCUUUUGGCAUCAGGCAAAAUCCUUUUUAUUCUCCCAAAAUUUCAAUUGCUAAUUUUUUUAAUUGGUGGUUUUAUACUUAGCAUCUGAUGCUGUGCUACUUCUACUCUUAUUUCUGUUUUUAUGCUAUUUUAUUAAUGGUGUUGUAAACCGUCCCAAGACAUCUGUGAUGGGACAGUAUAGAAAAGUUUUAAAUAAAUAUAGUGCAAAAAUUAAGCUGGCAACUGUAGGAAAUAGGAUAAUGAACUACAAGCAGCAUGUUCUUCUAUGUCCUUGAAAUAAAUGGUGGCUUUCAUGAUGAAAGGGAAGUAAACAUUCCAAUUCUGCCAGUGUGGAAGUAGAAUAGAAUGUUCAAGCAUUAUUGAACUUCCAAGACCUGUCAACUCCCUGAAGUCUCUCUUGUUCAUGCUUUGCUAGUUUAUCCAAGUGAUUUUCCUUGACUAGGGAAAUUUGUUCUGAUGAGAGUGGCCUCAGUUAGAGGGAUUUGAUUUUUUUUAUCAUGCUAUUUCUAUUGUUCCUGUUACAAAAUGUUAAAUAGAUGGAUCACAUACUAAAUUAUAAUGUUGAUAUAUUGCUUUGCAACUUGGGUUUUCUGAACCUAAUUGAAAAAUAUAACUGUAACUUUGUACAUAUGUCAAAGAAAUAUAAAGAAAGCCUCAUGUCUAAA